AUGCACUGGAAAACAACAACGAUCCUAGUAUGCAUCUACGGUGUACUCAAAGAGUUUCGACCUGCCACCCCAUUCCUUACACCAUACCUCACUUCACACUAUAAGAACCUCACCCUCGAUGAAGUAUAUGGACAAAUUUUCCCUUUCUGGACUUAUUCGUACAUGAUUUUUCUGGUGCCGAUAUUCUUUCUGACAGAUAUUUUCCGCUAUAAGCCAAUUAUUGUACUCGAAGGUGCAUGUUUAUCCCUUACAUGGAUUCUCCUGGUCUGGGGUGAAGGUGUACGUCAGAUGCAACUUAUGCAGAUCUGUUUUGGGCUCGCAUCAGCCGCUGAAAUCGCCUAUUAUUCCUACUUGUACGCAGUUGUGGACGAAAAGAAGUACAGACGAGUUACGUCAUAUAUCCGAAGUGCUGCUCUCGUGGGAAAACUUUUUGCAUUCGGUUUAGCGCAGAUCCUAGUUUCCACUCAGACUGGAUCUUAUCUACUGCUGAAUCAGAUUUCUUUAGCAGCUGUAUGUAUUGUUUUCUUUGUUGCUAUUGCACUUCCAAGUGUUCCUGCCCCAGAAAUUCAACAAGAAGUACAGGUUGAAUUUGUGAGCAAUCAAAAUAAUCAGCCUGGGCAGGAGAAUAUAACGCGAGGCGAAGUCGAACGUCGGAAACUUGAUCGUGGUGUACGCAAUUAUUUGAUCACUACGUUAAAAAACUUCCAGAUUUUCAAAGAAAAUAUGGUGGUGUUGAAAUGGUCCGCAUGGUGGGCCUUUGCGAGUUGUGGAAUAUUUCAGGUUUACAAUUAUAUACAAGCUUUGUGGCUUGAAAUGCAACCUAAUCCGGACAAUGUUGAAAAUGGUUUGACAGAGUUUAUGAACACCUUAGUAGGCGCCAUCCUCGCGUUCGGUAUUCAGUUUGCUGCUAUUGACUGGAUCAAAUAUGGAGAGCUGACGUUAACUGUAUCUUCAUGCUUGAUCGCUGUUAUUCUGGCUGUGAUAUCUCAGACCAAUUAUGUAGUGUUAGCUUACGUAGGAUAUGUUUGCGUCACAUCCAUUUACAAUAUGCUGAUAACAGCGGCAAGUUGCAAUAUUGCGAUUGAACUCACUUCCACCAACUAUGGACUCGUAUUCGGCUGGAACACAUUCGUUGCUGUCGUUCUUCAGACGUUGUUAACAUUUGUUGUAGCGGAUUCUCAUGGAUUAAACCUCGAUAUGCGGACACAGUUCGUUGUUUAUGGAGUAUACUUCGCAGCAGUUGGCGCAAUAUUUUUGGUUGUGUCAGUUUGCUCAAAAUUCAAAACAUCACCAGCCGAAGUGACAGCUGACGUCAAUCAAGAAGAUAUUGAAAAAACUCACGACUAA